UGCUUUUCUGCUGAAUGUCUGGAGCUUACAAUAUGCGCUUAAAUUUAUUUUAUUUGGCUUUUCUCGGAGUGCUUUUAUACCACUCUAGUUUAGCAGUCGUUUUCAAGUUUACCAACCUUGUGUGCGAGAGCUACAAUAAAUCCUGGUUCCAAUUCCACGAGUGUCGCCUGAAGGCCGUGUCGCGCGACAGAGUCGUUAUGAAUAUGAACGGAACUAUCCUCCAUCCUGUUUAUAACGCCCAAACCCAGGGCAAGUUGUUCAAGAGGGCGAAUGGCUACAAGCCUUGGCUCCUUAACGCCGAAGUUGAUUCCUGUCGCUUUAUGCGAAAGACCUACUACCCGCCAGCUAAAAUAAUUUAUAGCCUUUUCCAGGAGUUUACUAAUAUCAACCAUACGUGUCCUUAUGUGGGCCCACAGUACCUCAGGGGAUUCUAUCUCAAGCCAGAAUUAUUGCUUCUCCCAUUUCCAACUGGCGACUAUAUGUUGUCCUUGAGAUGGUUCUUUGAUCACAAACUACAAUUCGAUACCAAUAUCAGUUUUGUGUUUGUUGAGGAUAUAAGCAAAAUUUAAAUUUAUUAAACAUAAUUUUAAGGAUCAAACUUGACCAAAAAUGAUUGGUUUUUAAAAUUGGUAAAAUGAUCCUUAAGCUGUCUUACGAGAGAUCUAGCCAAAAUA